AUGGAGAAGAAGCCGGUCAAACCCGGAGAAGAAGUCGUCUCUUCUGACCGCCCGCCAUGUCCCUGCCCCGCCGAGAAGAAGCCUGGGUCUUCGCUGGGAUUGGGAUUUGAGAGAAAAUCCCAGGGAUUGCGAGAAGGAAGAGGAAGAAAGCCUAGGUCUUCGUUGGGAUUGGGUCGUCGCUGGGAUUGGGUCGCCGUUGGGAUUUCGCACAAAGGAAGAGGAAGAAAGAACAUUGUGCGAUGGUACAGAAAGGAAGAAGAAAGGAUUAAGGAAUAA